CUGCUUUAUACAUAAUAGAGAGCUAGGGUUUGUAAAGGCGGCCAAAUCGUUUCUUUUGCUUGGGAGCUGUGAAAGUUCUGAUUGCGAUUGCACUUCAUUUAUCGCGAUUCCGUUCUCCAGGUUGUAAAUCUUUUUGAAUUCACAACUGAGCUUUUUGGAUCAGCAUUUUCUUGUAUUGGAGCAAGUAAUCCCGUGCGAAUUGUCAAAAAUGUCUCGAAAAGGGUUGAUGGAGCAGGAUUUGAGCAAGCUGGAUGUGACAAAACUGCAUCCACUUUCACCUGAAGUUAUUUCGCGUCAGGCCACCAUAAAUAUUGGUACUAUUGGUCAUGUUGCUCAUGGCAAGUCAACAGUUGUAAAAGCAAUCUCUGGUGUUCAGACUGUUCGUUUUAAAAAUGAGCUGGAGAGGAACAUUACAAUUAAGCUUGGCUAUGCCAAUGCAAAGAUAUACAAAUGUGAAGAUGAACGCUGCUCUCGGCCCAUGUGCUACAAAGCUUAUGGAAGUGGUAAAGAAGAUGGUCCCAUGUGUGAUGUGCCAGGGUUUGAGAACUGCAGGAUGAAAUUGUUGAGGCAUGUAUCUUUUGUUGAUUGCCCGGGACAUGAUAUUCUCAUGGCUACAAUGCUUAAUGGAGCAGCAAUUAUGGAUGGAGCCUUACUUCUCAUAGCUGCUAAUGAAAGUUGCCCCCAGCCUCAAACUUCAGAGCACUUGGCUGCUGUUGAAAUUAUGCGGCUCCAACAUAUAAUAAUUCUCCAAAAUAAGGUUGACCUUAUUCAAGAAAAUGUGGCUAUGAACCAGCAUGAAGCUAUUCGGAAGUUUAUUCAGGGGACUGUUGCCGAUGGUGCACCAGUGAUUCCAGUUUCUGCACAGCUGAAGUAUAACAUUGAUGUGGUGUGUGAAUAUAUUGUGAAAAAGAUCCCCAUUCCAGAAAGGAACUUCAUUUCACCUCCUAACAUGAUUGUGAUCCGGUCCUUUGACGUCAAUAAGCCUGGUUUUGAGGUUGAUGAAAUUAAAGGUGGUGUUGCUGGUGGAAGUAUUCUCAAAGGUGUUUUGAGAGUAAAUCAAUUCAUUGAGGUUCGUCCAGGGAUUGUUGUUAAAGAUGAGAAUGGCAACAUCAAAUGCACACCGAUUUACUCCAGAAUAGUUUCUCUGUAUGCUGAGCAAAAUGAAUUGCAAUUUGCAGUACCUGGAGGUCUUAUUGGUGUUGGCACUACUAUGGACCCCACUUUGACUCGUGCUGAUAGAUUGGUCGGUCAGGUCCUUGGUGAGGUUGGGUCACUCCCUGAAGUUUUUGUUGAACUAGAGGUGAACUUUUUCUUGUUGAGACGCCUUCUGGGUGUGAGGACAAAGGGCACAGAGAGGCAGGGAAGGGUCUCGAAGCUGACAAAGAGUGAGAUCUUGAUGUUGAACAUAGGUUCCAUGUCAACAGGUGCUCGAGUUGUAGCGGUAAAGAAUGACUUGGCAAAACUGCAGCUCACAUCUCCUGUUUGCACCAGCAAGGGUGAGAAAAUUGCACUGAGCAGGCGAGUAGAGAAGCACUGGCGUCUAAUUGGAUGGGGUCAGAUUCAAGCCGGCAAUACACUUGAUGUCCCUCCUUGCCCGAUUUGAGUGGAACUGACCUACCUACAAAAAGUAUAAGCAAAGAAGAAACAAGUGAAACAGCAAAUCAAACGGAGAUUUGGGUAAAAGAUGUGGGAGGGUAGAGAGCUGUUAGGCACAAUUUUUGUGAGAUGGAGGAGAAAACAUUUCAGCAGGAUAUGUACCAAUUUAUUUGUGAUAUAUCUGUUUUUAGCUUCAAAAUUUUUGCAGUGGUUUGAAACUU